GCAAACGGUUUAAAAACAAAUCUAGGCACAUGCCAAGGCGUUUCAAAGGUACACGCUUCCACUGCCGGCUCCCGGGACCCUGGAACUUGCAGCCAGCCGUUUUUCUCGCGCUCGACCCUGGGGCUCAGAGACGCCAGCACCUGCUGCAAAGAGGCCAGGCUGUCACCUCCUUCCCUGGCCCUGGCCCUGGCCCUGGCCCAGCCACUCUACAACGCUCUUGGUGAGCUCCAGCCCAGAGGAACCAGGGUCCUGCUGUCUGGUGACUGUCCCAGCGGGUGCCGAGGCCAUGGAGCCCGGAGAUGUGCUCAUGACUCAGGCCAUCCAGCCAGCGCACGCGGAUGCCCGUGGCGAGCUCAGCGCAGGGCAGUUGCUCAAGUGGGUAGAUGCCACAGCCUGCCUGGCAGCUGAGAAGCACGCGGGAGUUUCCUGCGUCACGGCCUCAGUGGACGACAUUCAGUUUGAGGAGACCGCGAGAGUUGGGCAAGUUAUAACCAUCAAAAUCAGCAUCAAAGUCAUGGUUCAGGACACGCUCACCGGCACUGAGAAACUCGUUAGUGUCGCCUUCUCUACAUUUGUGGCCAAACCAGUUGGAGAUGAAAAGAUUCACUUAAAACCAGUCAGACUCCUGACUGAACAAGAUCGUGUGGAACAUGAUCUGGCUUCUGAGCGAAGGAAAGUUCGACUGCAGCAUGAAGACACCUUUCAGAGUUUGAUGGAAGAAAACGGCAAGUUUGAAGAUCCCGUGUGUGACAAGGAGGAAGGGACCGAAACCAGUGCCACUGCGGUACAGAGCAUUGAGCUGGUGCUGCCGCCCCACGCGAACCACCAUGGAAACACGUUCGGGGGGCAGAUCAUGGCAUGGAUGGAGACAGUGGCCACCAUCGCUGCGAGCCGCCUGUGCCGAGGACACCCCUUCCUCAAGUCUGUGGACAUGUUCAAGUUCCGGGGCGCCUCCACCGUCGGGGACCGGCUGGUCUUCAGGGCCAUCGUCAACAACACAUUCCAGACCUGUGUGGAGGUCGGGGUGCGUGUGGAGGCCUUCGACUGCCAGGAGUGGGCUGAGGGCCGGGGCCGGCACAUCAACAGCGCCUUCUUAAUCUAUAACGCUGUUGACAACGGCGAGAAGCCCAUCACCUUCCCCAGGGUCAAACCCAUUUCCAAGGAUGAUUUCAGACGCUACCGGGGAGCAAUCGCACGCAAGAGAAUCCGCCUGGGCAGGAGAUAUGUCAUUUCUCACAGAGAAGAAGUCCCUGUCUCCACACACUGGGACAUCAGCAAGCAGGUGACCCUGAGCAACAGCAAUGUGGAGGCACUCAGAGAGCUGGCGGCCAAGCCCGGCUGGGAGGUGACCAGCGCCUUGGAAAAGAUAAAGAUAUACACUCUGGAAGAGCAAAAAGACUUGUCGGUUUGGGUUGAAAAGAGUGUGAGGUGCCCGGCACACCUGGCUUAUCGCCUCCUGUCUGACUUCACAAAGCGGCCGCUGUGGGACCCCCAUUACAUGUCCUGUACAGUCAUAGACCAGGUGAGCGAGGAUGACCAGAUCUAUCACAUCACCUGUCCUAAGGUGAACUGCGACAAGCCCAAGGACUUCGUUGUGCUCGUGUCACGAAGAAGGCCUCCUCGGGACGGGGACACCUACCUGGUGGCGGUGAGGUCAGUGGUCCUGCCGGCCGUGCCGCCGGCCCCAGGGUACACCAGGAGUGAGGUGGUGUGCGCCGGCUUCCUCAUCCACCCCACGGGUGGCAGCUCCUGCACCGUGUCGUACCUCAACCAGACGUCGGCCAGCAUCCUGCCUUACUUUGCCGGAAAUCUUGGUGGCUGGUCAAAAUCCAUCGAAGAAGCAGCAGCCUCUUGCAUCCGAUUUGUAGAGAAUGCUUCUGAUGAGGCCGUAUUUUAAAUGGUCAAGUUCCAAUUUCCUGUAGUUUAAUUUCCACUUUAAUUCCAAGUACAAGGGCCAGAGAGAUGGCUCAGUAGAAUAAGCGCUUGCCUGGCAAGCGCAAGGGUCUUGGACUCACAGAAUGACUGGCUUCCAGCCUAAGAAAAGCACAGUUAAGAAGAGGUUGGAAAGCAGACUGCAUCACAGUCCAAUCUCAGCAAUUUGGCUUAACGUCAGAAGAACUUUAAAACUAUUUCAGGGGAUCCAGCGCUCUGCCUCUUCCAGGCACGGAAAUGGAGAAUCACCUGGGCACAGCACUGUGCACUCUGUAAAGUGGCACAAAUUUAGUUAAAAUGACUGUAAACAUACUUGGGUUACACAGGGGCCAUGUGUGCUUGGGCUGAAAUUUUCCAAAGUGCAAAGUGAUGAUUUUCUCUGAAUUGAUUAAUGUGUGGCGUGGCUCCAGUUGGGCAGGUACUCGUGUGACAGAGCGUUCUGACAAGAGGUAUUACAUGUUUUAGGGCUUCAAAUUAGGAAGGCAUUAAAACGUAAUAGAAUCCAAUCAAUUUUAUUAAUGGGAACUACUUUACUAGUGUCACUCUAUCUCCAUUCGGGGUGGCUGCCCACUUACUGUGUAGUGCUGUGCGCACACACAAGUGCCUGCCGCACGCAGCGCUGCAGAGGAGCGCCCCAGCUGAGCUCUGCCCUGCAGACAGCACCAGCACAUCACCCUCGACGUCAGCCCGGUGACUUCACGCUGCUAUGUGUCUUCCAGGAUAGGCCAAGGUAGCCCCCUGAAAGGACCACUUUGGCAAGUUGCAGGAGUUCUCCAAUAGAGUGUAGAGCUUAGGAACACCCCGUUGGUGGUUUGCUAAAUCUUUUUUCCCCUUCUUUGUUUGCUGUGUUAGGGAUCAAACCCAGGGCCUGGCACCUGCUGGGCAAACGCUCCCCACAGAGCCGUGAGCUUGGCCCUAACUUGACAGAUUCCACCUCUGUUCCCAAGUCUCCAAACCUACACGUUGGGUUAUUUUCGUUGGUCUGUGUCAAAAGGUAUUUGUGUGCAUGAGCUUUGGGCUGUGCUGCAGUUGUAUGAAUUAAUAUUUAUAUACAAUAAAAGUAGACACAUAAAUUAUAAUUAUUCAUUA